AGCCUGAUGCAGGGCUGGAACCCACAAAGCCGUGAGAUCAUGCCCUGAUCUGAAACCAAGAGUUAGAUGCUGAACCGACUGAGCCACCCAAGCACCCCUGCUCUGUAAUUUCUAAUGGCUACAGCAUCGGCCCCCCACCCCCACCCCACCAGCAGUUUCCAAAUACUUCCCAGGCAGGAAUUACACAUGCCAUCUCUCUCUCUCCCCCUGCCUGUCUCUUCUUCAGCAGCUUGGCCUGUUUCACUAACCCUAAAUAGAGAACUUAAAACCUAAACUCCCACAGCUCCAGUCCCCAGACAAGGAAAGAGGCCUAACUGUGGAGUAAGAUCACCCUGGAAAACCUCUAGACCUUCUAGUAAUGGGGGAAGGUUGUGCUUCAAAACUUCUCUGGUCAGUUCUGAAAAUGAGGUCAUGUUUGACAAACAGCAUUGUUCUGUGCGAGCGGCAGUCAACUCACUUGGCAGGAAUAAAGACUUGGAACAUGCCAGUGAUUAUUUUUAAUUGGAUGGGGCUCGUGGCUGUACCAAAAAUCCAUGUAUUUCUGAUGCUGCUGCGGCUGUGUUGUCUUGGCCCUGCCACUCCGGAUGGCCGGAUGUUCAAAGGGUGCUGCUGGUGCCUGCAGAGAGGAGCCCCUAAGCCUGGGGCAGGGGUGGAAGGGGGUGGUAGCAGAUGCCCCCCCCCCCCCAGGGCUCCUCCUACCUGCUGGGAUGAGUCUGCUAUAGGCCAGCAGGGGCUGGGCUGGAGGGGAGGUGCUUAGGGGGCAAGGCGGAGCCAGAGGCUGCAGGGUGCAGGUAGGUGCGGGGUGCACCGGGUGGAGGGACCCGCCUGCACUCACCAGCCCAGGGCUUGGAGGGUCUGACAGUUUGUAGAAAAUGCAGAUCCUUGCUGACGAUCUGCCACUCUAUGGGGGUACUGGACCCCAUAGCAGGGGUGACACUAAUCCCAUGCACCACAGGGCCAAGCAGGAGGCGUUAAGACAGGGAGCCUUGGAAUGCUCUUGUUUCUGGCUGCCAUCACCAUUGUGAGAUAUUAAAACUAAAACAACAGAAUGUCACCUCUUGGACAUCCAUGGACAGCAUGUCUGUCCUCCUUUGCUGGCAGCUGCCAAGGUCUUUAGGGAGAUGGGGUUGUUGGGUUUUGUUGUUUGUUUUUGUGUUUUGUUGCAUGGGAGGGGGUUGUCUGGGAGCAAAGUAGAUGAGGCAAGUUUCUAUGGAGUCUUUACAAUUCUUUUUUCUCUUUUAGAAAUGAUGCAUUAAGGAAAACAAAGUCACUGGGUACUCACACUAUUCCGGAGGCCUCCAGUAUAGUUUCAAGGUUUUUCUCAAGAAAGACAAAGGCAUGGCAUCCCUUGCUGUGUGGUAGUUUGCAGGCAGAGUGACCCCUCUGUGAGCCCGGAGGGGCCCCAGAGCCUGGAGAGCAGGGUCCCUCUCUGGGCAGCGUGGCUGGGGCGCGGUACCACGGCAGACCCGCCAGGGCCGCAGACAGCAAACGCUGGGCUGCGGUUUCGUGGCUGGGCCCGGGAAGUGCUCUGCGCAUGGUGCUGUGUAAGCCGGCCGCCAUCAGCGCAAGAGAAGGGUCUUUUGCAGAUUUUGGGAAGCUGCUUCUGGACCACAGAACACCUUGCCAGAAAGAUAAGGGGGGAUUCCCCGUGGCGUGUGGGGGUUUGCUGCAAGGCCUGUGAAUUGUGCCAAGUUGAGACUCCUCUUGUCCUAAGAAGUCCCUGUUUCACAUUCAAUAGCAUCAAAAAGAACUUACAACACUGUAUGGUAAGACCAAUUACAGCUUCUAGUCUUUGUCCCGGGUGGGUCUUUAACCCCCCUCUGUAACUAACACAACUGAAGAAGAAAUCUCAGAAUUCAGAUAGCCCCUAAAUCCACCUGAGCCCGGUCCUCUGGAAAACACCCUUGACAUCUACAUUAUGAGCCCGAGGAAGCUUUGCUUGUAGACUGGGUUGCAUUCCCUACAAAGCCCUUGAUUUUCACAGCCACCUAAGCUAUUUCUCUCUCAAGGCAUUGCCUUUAUGUAGAAAUUUAUCAUAUUUUUUUCCUCAGUCCAGAAGUGAAUUAUUUUUUUUUUAAAUUGAAGAAAUCCUUUAAGCUGUUUUGGACUUAUUCAAGCAUGUAAAAAGGGUAUUUUCCAUCCGUAGUUCAGAUGCCUAGUAUGUUCUCAGAUAGCCCAAAUAAUUUGAAUUUAAAACUUUGAAUUGGGCCUCUUUAUGUAACAUCUUAAAAAGGUGCCAUUUAUGAAGAAAAAUAUGGUCAUGAAAUAAAGGAUAUGGGGAGUAAGUGAUCCUGCUGGUUACAGUAAUAGAUGGGGACUCAUAAAUCUUAGUUUCUAUUCUUGGCUCUGGAAAGAAUUUAUGUGUUCACUGCGUUUGGCACAUGGAGGCAACAGGGAGAUAGAUUCAGGAGCUUGGAUAAGAAGGAAAUAGGAUCUCCCUGUAAAAGCUAAACUAUGAAAUCCACACAGAAGAGACCAGAGCAGGGGUGCCUGGGUGGCUUAGUUGGUAGAGCAUCUGACUCUUGAUCUCAGGGUCGUGAGUUCAAGCCCCACGUUGGGCGUGGAGCCUACUUAAAAAAGGAGAAGAGACCACAGCAAACGUGUGCACAACCACCUUAAAGAAACAUAACAGUGGGCUAGUCAGAUGGGGGUCAGCUAGGAUUGCACAGGGAGAGUGACGAAAGCAGCUGCUGGCAGCUCAUAUCCAAGUUCAGGAGGAGGAGCUGGGGGGCACAGGGGAGACUGAGGAGGUCACAGGAUACCUCUGGGCCGAGCACUGCAGUAUUCUGCAUUGUGAGAAUCAGUAGAGUAUCCCUGGCUGACUGGGUUUCAAACCCCUGCUCUGCCAUUUCCUAGCUGUGUGAUCUUGAGUCUCUCUGAGUCUCUCUGAGUCACAAUAGCUUUACCUGGGAAAAUGGAGAUAAUUAUAAUUACCCUACAGAGUUGAAGAAGGAUAAAAUGAUAAAAUGUAUACCAAUCACUUAGCAGGGUGGUGGUGGUGACUGGGGUGGUGAUGAUGGUGGUAGUGAUUAUGGUGAUGGUGAUGGUGGUCAUAAUAAUGGUGGAAGUGAUUAUGGUGAUGGUGAUGGUGGUCAUAAUAAUGGUCAAAGUGAUUAUGGUGGUCGUGGUGGUCGUGGUGGGCCUAUCCUUGAUGCAGAGUUGGAUAGGUCUGGUUGGCAAAAUCUCACGCCAUGAUCAAUGCCCACUCUCCAAAGACGCCAGGAACACACAGGACCGCAGGCUGACAUGGAAUUCUCACACCUCUGCGUGCCCCUCCACCCCGAGCAUCAUUACUCAGCCUGCACCAAGUGGAUCUAGGGCCUGGCGCCCGUCAGCAGAGGAGCAAACCAGUGCUCGGAGAAGUCGAGUGACAUGUGCCAAAUCACACAGCAGACGUAAGGCAUCAGGGGUGAGUGGAGGCCCAACAUCUCUGCUGACCAACAGCCAGGGCGCCUCGACACCCUCGUGCCCUCCUCACUCUCGUGCUCAAAGCCCCCGCCAGCUCCCCACGCUCGCGGAUCCGCGGCAGCUCAUGUCACUGCCCGGGAGGCAGACACAGACGUGCCACCAGAGAGGUCUCCCACGUGAAGAGGCUGAAGACUGGCCAGAGUCGUCCCCCUGGUCCAGUGAUUUUUGGAGCAAAAGAAUGACAUCUGCCCGCACGACAAGAGACAACACGCUGGACCGCUGCAAGACCGCCCACUCCGCGCCCUUGACCUCCUCCUCGCCAAGCCGGACAGGAUGCGGUCUCCUCCCGACAGGCCCACUGCCAGUGGGGACAACGGCUCGGUCCUCCCCGCCCUUGGCCCCCUUGGCCUCUGGAUCCUGCCCCCUCUGGUCUCUGAGGCGUCCCCUUCCACGCUCUGGCUGUGAACGCCGGCCGAGCCCUCAGGCCUUCUCUCGGGGAUCCUGCUAACCGCCACCUCGCAGACCCCCGAUCUGCACUCCAGCCCCGGAUCCCAGAGCCCUGUGCUCCACUGCCUCUAACCAGCGGCCCCUGCGUGUCCCACAAGCACCAAAAACCCCCAAAGCCCCUGAGCUCGUCUCCCUUAGCAGCUGUAGGAACCAAGUGCCUCAAACUUAGUGGCUUCAAAAAACACGGAUGCACCAUCUGACGGUCCCAUGGGCCGGGAGGGGACAACGGUCUCCCUCCCGGGCUGAAAUCCAGGUGUCGCAGGGCCGUGCUCCUUUCUGAAGGCUCUGGGGAUAGCGUCCUGGCCUUUUCCAGAUUCUGGGGGCCGCCCACACCCCAGGGCUCACGGCCCCUUCCUCCGCCUUCAAGGCCAGCAUCCCAGCACCUCCUGGACCACCCUCUGUGGCGCCCCACCAAGCCCCCUUUUGCUCCCCUCUUCUGCUUUUACGGACCUUUGCGCUUACCUUGGGCCCGCCCGGCUGAUCUGGGACUGUCUCCUUACCCCAGGGUGAGCUGGUAACAACCCUCAUUCCUCUGUGCCCGCAGCCCACCGGAGCCCGGGGGGGGGGGGGGCACAUCUUUGUUUAGAGACCAGGUCGUGUACCUGAGGCUUACAGCUGGUCCCCCGGACCCGUGCCUUCCUCAGAUCGCCUCCUCAACGGCCGGCAAGCGGACCCAGGGUGACCCACGCCAUCGGCCGUUCCUUCCCAGCCCCUCCGUCCACACGGUCCCUAGGCCUCACGCCCCAACACCCCAGGAUCCGUCCCGUUUAGAAGGCUGCUCACCCUCUUCGGCCGACAGCUGCCGCUCUCGCUUGGCCCUCAGCACCCCCUGCCUGGAUACUGCAAAGCCCUAAUGGUUUUCCCGCUGGUUUCGCUCCUCACAUUCCCAUCUAGUUGUAAUGGGAAUCUCAAUACCGCUCAGGUCUUUCAGUAACCCACCGAGGCCGGCCACCCCCGGGGAUGACGCAGGGCUCUGGUGUUCUUGUCCUUGCUCAACUCCCAGCCUCCUCUGGGCACCCUCUCCCUACCCCCUCCUGCAGACCACUUCAAAACCUGCAACUGAACCGUCCUGGAUUUCUUUUAGGUCCCGGAAUGCCCAGAGAGCUUUCACAACUCUCUCCUGUACGAUGAGCACUGUGCCGGGGAAAGAAGGACUUCUUUCCUUAGCUCCGUUCCACCUCACGCAGUCUCCUACAGGAAGCCUUCCCAGAUU